UGCCCUUAAAACGUAAUAAAGAUAAUAUAUUUCAAACCAAGCCAAAUUUAUUUUUAAAUGUUCGGCCCAUAUUAAGAGACAGACAUAUUUUAAAAGACGUCCUCCGAAUUGACCGACGUCAUCGAAGUCCAACAGAAGCGUUGGCGCGUGGACACAAAUUCCCGGCUUGAUUCCAUGCUCCUGCGGUUGUCGGUGAAUCUGCCAGGUGGCGAGCUGAGACGGAGGUCGGCCGAGGACGAAGUGCAGAACAUCUUCGAGGAGGGCACCCUGUCCCUCUACACGCGCAGCUUAAAGUACGGAAAACUGUCGCAAGGCAUCCUGAUCAAGGUUUUCGCGGCCCUCGUCAAGCGCCGCAAGAUGCACUUCCACAACCUGCCCUGCGGCGCCUCCGUGAUCCUUGGCAACAAUGGCUACAUCUGGAUAGCGCCCACCAAGGCUGAUGAUGAUUAAAGUGGAUACAAAGAUACAAGCCUUGGAGAAAGCCAACACACCAGAAGCACGCAAUAAAUUUAAAAUUUUUGAUAACUAAAAUUCCUUAAAAAAAAUAAUUGAAAAUACAAAUUUUAAAAAGGCA